UUUUUUUUUGUCAUUAUUAAUAUUCUUUUCCUUACAUAUACAUAGAUAUAUAUGUAUAUAUUUAUAUAUAUAUAAAUAAAAGAGUAUGUCCUCUUUAACUAUUUCUUCUUCUGGUGUAGGUGUUGCACAUUUACCCAAUCAAGUACAUAAAAUUGCUACAAAUAGAGGUAUUAAUUUCACCUUAAUGGUUUGUGGUGAAUCUGGAUUAGGCAAAACUACAUUUAUAAAUACAUUAUUCGCAACAACGAUUAAAAAUUAUCAACUUUAUGGAAAGAGAUUUGAAAAGCAAUUAGAUAGAACUGUAGACAUUGAAAUUACAAAAGCAGAGAUGGAAGAAAAUAGGUUUAAAAUAAGAUUGACAGUUGUUGAUACACCUGGUUUUGGUGAUUAUGUAAAUAACAAAGCUAGUUGGUUGCCUAUCAUUGAUUUUAUUGAUGAUCAACAUGAAAGUUAUAUGAGACAAGAGCAACAACCUUAUCGUCAAGGAAAAAUUGAUAUGCGUGUUCAUGCUUGUCUUUACUUUAUUAGGCCAAAUGGACACAGCUUAAAAGCGUUAGAUAUUGAAAUUAUGAAAAGACUUGGUACUCGAGUUAAUUUAAUUCCUAUCAUUGCUAAAGCUGAUACUUUAACCCCGAAAGAUUUGCAAAAGUUUAAAGAAAAUAUCCGGGAAUGUAUUCAAAUGAAUAAUAUUCAAGUCUUUCAAUGUCCAAUUGAAAGUGAAGAUGAGGAAAGUACGAUGCGUAAUCAAGCUAUUGCAGAUGCUUUUCCGUUUGCAGUUAUUGGCUCGACCCAUUUUGUUGUAAAUCAACAUGGUCAAAAGGUGAGAGGACGAGAAUAUGAUUGGGGUGUAGCAGAAGUUGAGAAUGACGAUCAUUGUGACUUUAUUAAACUUCGAAAUUUAUUAAUUCGUUCUCAUCUGCUUGACUUGAUUAAUACAACUGAAGAAUAUCAUUAUGAAUAUUAUCGUCAACAACAAAUGGUUACUCGUAAAUUUGGUGAACCAAAACCAAAGAGAUCUGAAAAUCCUAAAUUUCGUGAAAAGGAAGAAGCUCUAAGAAGCUUAUUUACUGAGCAAGUUAAAAACGAAGAAUCUAGAUUUCGUCGUUGGGAACAACAGCUCAUAAAAGAAAGAGAUAAAUUGAAUAACGAUUUAGAGAUACAACAUGCUCAUAUUAAAGCUCUUGAAGCUGAAUUAGAUCAAUUAUAUAAAAGAGCAGGAAAAAGUGGUAUUCAUAAUACGUUUCGAAGAUAAUACGUCAUAGUCUUUACUACAUAUUUAUUUAUUUAUUUAUCUAUUCAUUCAUAUUCAUAAUAACUUUAUGCUUAAUCAUAUAAUUCCUCUAAAAGUCUUUUAUAUCUUUUAAAGUUUUCAAUAUCAUGGAAUUCACUUGUUAUAUUCUCUUCCUCUUUCUUCAUCUCUCUUGCCUUUCGCUUCUUCUUUUUAAAUCCUUCCAUCUUUUCUUUUAUUUGCUCUGCUAUUUUAAUUAUAGAAUUAGGCUUUGAUUGCUUGCUUAACAAACAUGGCAUUUUAAGUAAUUCAUCUACUUUCUUGGAAUAAUACAUGUCAUGAAUGUCUGUACUAUAAACAAAAAAUAAUCAAUUUUUUUUUUCAGUAUACAAUACAUUUAUGCAUUCUUUUACCUUAAUGCAUGUGUUAAAAUAGA